AUGGCAAGCCCAGGUCUCCUUACAAUCCAUCCGAUAUGCGCAGAGCUUACUCCCCCCCAUCCUUGAUCGAACGAUUGACUGUAAAAAAUCCUAAAAAUUGGGAAAAUUAACCCCCAUCCUUGAUCGAACGAUUUUCAUAUCAUGCAAAAUUUUAUAUAUAUAAAAAUAUAUAUUUAUCAAAAGCUUGGGAAGAUGUGCAUAAUGAAGUUGCUUUCAGAGACUUUGAGACGAUAGAAAGCCUCGGAAUCAACUAUUCGAAGUGGUUUAGACAUCAACCUAGACUUAAAAACUCAAUAAUCUAAUAAAAUAGAGAUUCUUUAAAAUUUUUAAAAAAAAAUUUUAAUUCAAUAAUGAAUAAAUUAAAAUUUAUACAGUUUAAAGGUGUGACUAAUAAAUCAAAAUAUUAAAAAUUGGUAUUUUUAUGAAAUUAAUUCAAUUUUUUGUGUAAAAAUAAUUAUUAAAUACUCUUAACCCUCUUAUUUAAAAGUAAAUAAAAAAAAAAUAUAUAUAUUUUUUUUAACCCCCAUCCUUGAUCGAACGAUGGCGAGUCGUUCGAUCAAGGAUGUGGGGGAGUUAGAAGAAAUGUCGAAUCCUUCGGGAAAAUGGACCCUUAUUGUGUUGUUGGGGUUGGCCCCGCUAUCGAGAAAACAACAGUUGCCCGAAAUCAAGGAAAAUUCCCCAAUUGAAAAGAUCACUUAAAUUUCAGAAUUUUCAACGAACAAGUAUUCAUAAUUGGUGUCUGGGACCGGCGCCAGUUGCUUGGCGACGAAGAGAUCGGCAAUGCCCAAGUAAGUCUAUAUAAUGCCAAAACAAUGGGAGUUUUCGAAGAGUGGAUCCAAUUAUUCCACAACGGCCACGAUGUUGGACGAGUAAGGGUAAAGGCGACUUUUAAACCUGAAAUGAUGCAGCCUGGAAUGCCACAAUACCAAACUGCCCCGAUGCCUAGGCCUAUUAUUCCGCCUCAACCGCAGGUGAUUCUUAUAGAAGAGGGUCAUCAUAGGCAUCAUGCUCCUGAAGUUAUAAUAGAGCAGGUUGGGGGAUAUGGACGUCCUCAGCAGGAAGUAAUUAUUAUAGAAGAAGGACGGCAUGGACAUCAUGGGCAUCAUAGGCACCAUCAUGGACAUCAUAAUGAAAGAAUUAUAAUUCAAGGUAUUCCUCCUCCUACUCAAUUUUCUGGGCCACAAUUUGGGUAUCCUAUGCAGAAUGGUUAUCCUAUGCAGAAUGGCUAUCCUAUGCAGCAAGGAUAUCCUAUGCAGCCUGGAUAUCCAAUGCAACAAGGCUAUCCUCAGCAGCAGGCUUAUGUCCAGCCUGGAGUGUAUUCGCAGCCUACCAUGAUGCCACCAACUCAGCAGAGAUUUCAAAAUCAGCCCCAACAGGGGAUUUAUGCGCCUCCUGGAUUUUCCCAGCCAAGCUGCCCUUCAUUUGACCCUUAA